CUCGCCGGACCCGAGAGAGAGCGUCGCCGCCAUCUUAGUUGCUGCCGCUGCCUCCAGCAAGGCGCUGCUCUGAGGCGGGGAGGGCGCCGCGUCCCGAGGGCGCGGCCCAGCGUCACGGCGGCGGCGGCGGCGGCGGCGGCUCCUCCUUGGAUCCCCGGAGCUCGCCGCGCCGCGGAGCAGCCGGCCCCGGGCCUCUAAAGCUCCGAGAGCUCCGCUCGGCGUCCCGCUCGCCUCCCUGCCGCUCCCGCCCCGGGCUGGCGAUGCUGCGCCGCCCCGCGUCCGCGCUGGCCCCGGCCGUCCGGCUGUUGCUGGCCGGGCUGCUGUGCGGCGGCGGGGUCUGGGCCGCACGAGUUAACAAGCACAAGCCCUGGCUGGAGCCCACCUACCAUGGCAUAGUCACAGAGAACGACAACGCGGUGCUUCUCGACCCCCCUCUGAUCGCGCUGGACAAAGAUGCGCCUCUGCGAUUUGCAGGUGAGAUUUGUGGAUUUAAAAUUCACGGGCAGAAUGUCCCCUUUGAUGCAGUGGUAGUGGAUAAAUCCACUGGUGAGGGGGUCAUUCGCUCCAAAGAGAAACUGGACUGUGAGCUGCAGAAAGACUACUCAUUCACCAUCCAGGCCUAUGAUUGUGGGAAGGGACCUGAUGGCACCAAUGUGAAGAAGUCUCAUAAAGCAACUGUCCACAUUCAGGUGAACGACGUGAAUGAGUAUGCGCCCGUGUUCAAGGAGAAGUCCUACAAAGCCACGGUCAUCGAGGGGAAGCAGUACGACAGCAUUUUGAGGGUGGAGGCCAUGGAUGCCGACUGCUCCCCUCAGUUCAGCCAGAUUUGCAGCUACGAAAUCAUCACUCCAGAUGUGCCCUUUACUGUCGACAAAGAUGGUUAUAUAAAAAACACAGAGAAGUUAAACUAUGGGAAAGAACAUCAGUAUAAGCUGACCGUCACUGCCUAUGACUGUGGGAAGAAAAGAGCCACAGAAGAUGUUUUGGUGAAGAUCAGCGUUAAGCCCACCUGUGCCCCUGGGUGGCAAGGAUGGAACAAUAGGAUUGAGUAUGAGCCGGGCACGGGCGCAUUGGCCGUCUUUCCAAAUAUCCACCUGGAGACAUGUGACGAGCCAGUUGCCUCAGUACAGGCCACAGUGGAGCUAGAAACCAGCCACAUAGGGAAAGGCUGCGACCGAGAUACCUACUCGGAGAAGUCCCUCCACCGGCUCUGUGGUGCCGCCGCGGGCACUGCCGAGCUGCUGCCGUCUCCAAGUGGCUCCCUGAACUGGACUGUGGGCCUCCCCACCGACAAUGGCCACGACAGCGACCAGGUGUUUGAGUUCAAUGGCACCCAGGCAGUGAGGAUCCCGGAUGGCAUCGUGUCGGUCAGCCCCAGAGAGCCAUUCACCAUCUCCGUGUGGAUGAGACAUGGGCCUUUUGGCAGGAAGAAGGAGACGAUUCUUUGCAGUUCUGAUAAAACAGAUAUGAAUCGGCACCACUACUCGCUCUACGUCCACGGGUGCCGGCUGAUCUUCCUCCUCCGUCAGGAUCCUUCUGAGGAGAAGAAAUACAGACCUGCAGAAUUCCACUGGAAGUUGAAUCAGGUCUGUGAUGAGGAAUGGCACCACUACGUCCUCAAUGUGGAAUUCCCAAGCGUGACUCUCUAUGUGGAUGGCACGUCCCACGAGCCCUUCUCUGUGACUGAGGAUUACCCGCUCCAUCCAUCCAAGAUAGAAACUCAGCUCGUGGUGGGGGCUUGCUGGCAAGGUGGCGACCUGCACAUGACCCAGUAUUUCCGAGGCAAUCUCGCUGGCUUAACUCUCCGUUCCGGGAAACUCGCAGAUAAGAAGGUGAUCGAUUGUCUGUAUACCUGCAAGGAGGGGCUGGACCUGCAGGUCCCCGAAGACAGUGGCAGAGGCGUGCAGAUCCAAGCACACCCCAGUCGGUUGGUAUUGACCUUGGAGGGAGAAGACAUCGGGGAAUUGGAUAAAGCCAUGCAGCACAUCUCAUACUUGAACUCCCGGCAGUUCCCCACGCCUGGAAUUCGCAGACUCAAGAUCACCAGCACAAUCAAGUGUUUUAACGAGGCCACCUGCAUUUCGGUCCCCCCGGUAGAUGGCUACGUGAUGGUUUUACAGCCUGAGGAGCCCAAGAUCAGCCUGAGCGGCGUCCACCAUUUUGCCCGAGCAGCUUCUGAAUUUGAAAGCUCAGAAGGGGUGUUCCUUUUCCCUGAGCUUCGCAUCAUCAGCACCAUCACGAGGGAAGUGGAGCCUGAAGGGGACGGGGCUGAGGACCCCACAGUUCAAGAAUCACUGGUGUCUGAGGAGGUCGUGCACGACCUGGAUACCUGUGAGGUCACGGUGGAGGGAGAGGAGCUGAACCACGAGCAGGAGAGCCUAGAAGUGGACAUGGCCCGCCUGCAGCAGAAGGGCAUCGAAGUGAGCAGCUCUGAGCUGGGCAUGACCUUCACAGGUGUGGACACCAUGGCCAGCUACGAGGAGGUUUUGCACCUCCUGCGCUAUCGGAACUGGCACGCCAGGUCCUUGCUUGACCGGAAGUUUAAGCUCAUCUGCUCGGAGCUGAAUGGCCGCUACAUCAGCAACGAAUUUAAGGUGGAGGUGAACGUAAUCCACACGGCCAACCCCGUGGAACACGCCAACCACAUGGCUGCCCAGCCACAGUUCGUGCACCCGGAACACCGCUCCUUCGUUGACCUGUCAGGCCACAACCUGGCCAACCCCCACCCAUUUGCAGUCGUCCCCAGCACUGCGACCGUUGUGAUUGUGGUGUGCGUCAGCUUCCUGGUCUUCAUGAUCAUCCUGGGGGUGUUUCGGAUCCGUGCCGCACAUCAGCGGACCAUGCGGGAUCAGGACACCGGGAAGGAGAACGAGAUGGACUGGGACGACUCCGCCUUGACCAUCACCGUCAACCCCAUGGAGACCUACGAGGACCAGCACAGCAGUGAGGAGGAGGAGGAGGACGAGGAGGAGGAGGAGAGUGAGGACGGCGAGGAAGAAGAUGACGUCACCAGCGCAGAGUCGGAGAGCAGCGAGGAGGAGGAGGGGGAGCAGGGCGACCCCCAGAACGCGACCCGGCAGCAGCAGCUGGAGUGGGAUGACUCCACCCUCAGCUACUGACCCGCGCCCCCGGCCACCUUGGUUUCUGCUUCCAAAGACUCUGCUGCCAUCUGUUCUCCCAGUCCCAAGGGUCCACGAUGUACAAAGUCAUUUCAGCCAGUAGGUGUGCAGACCCCUUCCCGCUACGAUCGUCGCCGUGCUUGGUGUGUAGGACCCUAGGCUCCCGCCUGCCCUCUGCCUGGUCGCUCUCUUCAGUCCCACGAGGAGCCGACACGUCCUCUCUGGCCGCCAUCCGGCUCGCACAGGGGCCUCGCAGCGCCUCAGGCCCUGCAUUUGUGUCUGGAGUCUCCCGCCCCGGGGAGAGGACGCUGGCCCCUCGCACUCCAGAAAGCCAUGCCAGCUGGACUCGCUGACAAAGGGUAAAACAUGCUCACUCCCACCUGGUAAUCAUUUUUUUCUUUUUUUAAAAAAAGUUUUUAUUUUUUCCAAACUAGUGCAUGUAUAAAUAAUGGCAGGAUGGGGGGUACUGUGUAGAUGAGUAACUGACUUUUUAAUAUUUUGUAAAUAAAUCGGAUUCCUUGUGUCCUUUGUGCUAGUGUAACCCGGGACUGGAAUGUAAAGUCAAGUUCAGAGCUCUGAGCACGGGCUCUUCCCACCGGGCCCUCCCUCCCCCGACCCCGAAGGGAGAGGCCCAGCCCCGUCCCAGCCCCGUCCCAGCCCCUGCUCAGGUCUGAGUGUGGCCGGGAGUCAGGGUCACAGGCCUUUAGCUGUGCUGCUCAAGAGACCGGACCAGGGCCGCCCUUUGGCAGCUACAAGUAGCCGGGCCUCACCUUUGGGAUUCGACCUGUUCCUAAUUUGGCGUGGGGUCCGGGGGUGCGGGGUCCCUGGCCCCUUUUCCACACUCCCCCGACAGCAGCUCCCUGCGCAGUGGCCUGGUCUCACCGUGUGCAGCCUUGUGGUUUAUGCUUAGAUGUGCAUUUCCCUGCUGGUAAAAGGAGACACUGACAGGUGUCCUGCAGACCGGCUGACCACUCCCUUCGGAGAAGGCAGGAGGCCUGAGUGAUCCGUACUCAGAACGUCCAGCAGAGACCCAUGGCCUGAAGGCAAAGUGCUGGAAUUUUCCAAAACAGCCUGUUCUCUCCUCUCUCCUCCCCAGAGCCCCCGCCCCCGUGGGAUGCCUCCUGCCAUCGGGGGGGGGGUUGAAAUCCCUCUCCCCCAGGAGCCCUGCUGCUGUGCUCGGUGGUAGGGCAAAAGGAGAGAGAACAGUCAUGGUCUAGAACCCACAUAGCACUUUGCUCUUAGUUACAUGUAAACUUUUAGAUUUCUAAAACGGGUGGGCAAUCAUUCUGAAUACUGUUCUGUGACCCUGACUGCUGGUUCUGAGGACACUGGUGGCUGUGCUGUGCUGUGUGUGGCCAUCCUCCAUGUCCUGUCCCUGUAGCUGCUCCGUUUAGACAGCGGACAGACACUCACGCCCAGGGGAUGUCCUCAUGCUGUCACCGCGCGGUUUCCCUUCGCAGAUGUGUAUAUUGAUGAUUGACAGGUCAGAAAGUGUAUCUGCUACAAUAAAGUUCUGGUUCUAACU